CAUUCGGCUUUUGUCCGGCUACCCAGACACCGCGCUACCACCGCCGACGCCGGUACUUAGUCGGUAUCUCUAUAUAAAUGUGAAUUACGAAAGCUAUGUAUAGCUUAAAAACGAGAUUAAAAUAUAAUAUUCAUACAAUAAUAAUUUUAAAUUUGCGAGUUUAAAACGUUUUUAAACAUUUUAAAUAAAAAAAAUGACAUUAAUAAUCGUCGCAAUCGAAAUUAUCGUAAUUACAUAAGAUAUGAACCGUGUUGAUAGACAUCGAAUCGCUUAACAUGUACGGUUUUACUGCCUAUAAACUUCACACGGUUACUCCAAACCCAUGUCGGUCUUCCGAUACCGGGCGAAGGACAUCUGCAACCGUUCAUUUUAAUCCAAAAAUUCCAUUCAACAGUACCACGGAUCAUAUUUACAGAACAAAAGAUACUUUCAAAUCUUCAACAGUGGCUUCUUCUACGGCCACGUGUUACAGACGUGGUGCGCCAAGAUAUUCUUUAGUAGAUCAAAAUACAUCAUUUAGUCGUGGGUCAUUUCCAAACGAUUACAAUGAUGACGGCCUUGACGAUUAUUUAAGUCACAGGCGGUACUCAGCAGACGAAUGUAGCUUAGAUACAGGCCGAAAAUCUUUAACGUUUGACUUGUAUGAUAAGAAGCUCUCAGAAAGCAUACACGACGUACAAAAGAAAUUUCAUGAAAUCACUGUAUGCGAAAACACCACUGUUAAAGAGAUGACACCAGAAAUACCAGAUCCAAGAGUACGAACCCCACCGGAAUUAUCACGUGUAAAUACAGAUGACCCAGCCGAAUGUGUUAAGCAGAUGUUGAAAGCUGCUAGAGAUAUGGAGUUGGAAUCAGUUAUUAAUAUUUUAACAAGCCAUGAUGAAGAAUUUUUUAGAAAUAAUAUCAAUGACACUGAUUCUACAGGUCGAACGCUGUUGAGUUACAUGGCAUCGAGUGGCAGCGUCGAAAUAGUCGAAGAAAUAUUUAGAAUACCCGAUUUGAAUUAUAACAAACCGGACAAUGAGGAUAAUACACCAUUACAUUUUGCAUCGCAAGCAGGUCAAUCUGAAAUUGUGUGCCUAUUAUUGAACAACUGUCUAAAACUAGAGAUUGAUGCCAGAAACUGUUUGGGGUUCACACCACUAAUGAAGGCUGCUCUUCAAGGGCGCACGAAAUGCGCGAAAUUUCUACUGUACGCAGGCGCAUCGCCCACCAUGCGGGACACAGGUCGGGGCUUGCGAGCUGAACAGUGGGCCAGGUUUUGUGGCCGGUACAAUUGCGCGGACGCGAUCGAAAAAUUGGCCCGGAACCGACUUUUGGAACGGACCACGUCGUACGGCCGAUGGGGCAGCGACCCGGAGCUUGGCCCGCACAUGCUGAUCAACGGCCGGCUGAUGCAGCCACCGGCCGCGUCGGCGGUGGCCACACUUCAGCGUGCCGCCACGCAGCACCACCGCUCGAUCAAGUCUAAGCUGAAGCGGGCGUUUCGCACGUCGUCCAAUCCCGACUCGACCGGCAGCACCGCCAACCAGUAUUCGCUGGUGUCGCAGCUCACGGGCGCGGCUCUGUGCGCCAGCAGCCCCGCGUUGCCCGUGCACACCCGCGCGAAGCCCAUGGUCAAGUCGCUGCUCAGACCGUUGACCGUGCCCAAGGUGACCGUCACCGGACUGCAGGAACCGCUCCAGCACCAGCAAACGCCCGUCCCGCCGCCGUCCCCGAACUCCGAUUCCCGGAGCGGUAAAAAACAGAAGAACAAAAAACGAUGAUGAUAACCGACGAACGGGUUAUAAACGGUUUAUUAUAUUAUUAUUAUUAUCAUUAUUAUUAUUAUAUCGUUUUGAUCAUUUUCAUGCGGUACACUGUUGCUGCGGCAUACAAUAAAUUGUGAAUCGCCCAUUUUCUCAUAUAUAUUAUAAAUAUUAUGAUAUCAUGUGCAUGUAUGCUUAUGGUGACAGCUGAACAGUAGAUGUAUACAUGGCCGUGGCACCGGUCUUUUGACUUUUAUCAAAGUGAGAUAAACGCCCCGCAGAGCAUUUUUAAUCGAGUGGAUGUCCCGUGCAGACGGCACAUUGUAGGAAUUGGAUAUUUUGAUUUUCCGUUACGCGGCAAGGUUUCAAGCUCAAAAUGAACAAUAUAUUGUCAAUUAUCAUGAUAAAUAUGUAAGCGAUUUAAAAUCAGAUUGGCGCCACUGCACACCUAUAUAGUGUAAAACAACGAUUCGGUAUCAUAGGAAUAUUAUAAUAAUCGAGACGAUGUCAACGCACUGUUUAUUGUUGUUUUCUCUCUCUAACCCACGCAAAACGCGUACAAAACUCAUUCACGCAAAAUUAUUUUUUUUUUUAUGUUUUUUUAAUAAUCUUAAAGUAAAAUUAGUAAUUACCCGUCAUAAAAGUUGUAUAGAAAACAACAUUUAUGUGGGUAUGGAAUAUCGAAUUAUCUAAACAGUAUGUCUCGUUGUCUCAAAACAAUAUUUACCUAUUAUUCAUUUAAAUUUAAAAAAGUACAUUAUGAAAUCAAAUGAUAGUUAAAUUUAUAACCGAUAUCUAUAUCAAAAAAUUAAAAAUAUUAAAUUUUACUUUCAAAUUACCUGCUCAAAAAUCAUAACCAAAUUCUACGAUCUUACGUGAAUAAGUUUUACCUAUAUUGCGCGUAGAUAUAACUGAGAGAGAAAACAAUAAUAUUACACUUAAUACUUAAAUUAUCUUAAGGAGCUCUAUACAAUAUUUUGAAAUACUUGUCAUCUACAGAGUCCACAAAGUGGUCUUCACCAUAAAAUAUAAUAAUUAUGGGUCUUAAUCUCUCGGAGGAUUAAUAUGUGUCGUACCCACGUUUUUAAAUCUGAUCCCAAGUACGUUGUUUAUACAUAAUAUAUAAGUACUAAAACAGCAAUGGUUCAGUUCUUGCAUGAGACAUAACUUAUGGCUCCUAACUGGCUAUUUUAGACGAUUGUAUAUUUAGUUAAUACUUAUACAGAAUGUUGUUUUGUAAUUGUAUUAAAUGAUCUCGUGGCAUAUUAUCUGGA